AUGGAUCGAAUCGAAAAACUUCUGCGAUGGCCCUUGGCCUCGGUGGCGGCUUUGAUCGUUGCAGACAUCAUCUACGCGCAGAUUGCUGGAUUUCGAGUUCGCACGCUUGAUUGGACCUUACUCGGUGUGCUAACAGGCUUGCUCGUGCUUGCAGUCCUCGGGCGUGUCCCGGCGAAGGCGGCACUCGCCGUAUUGUCGGCCAUUGGGUGUUGGAUCGUGGUUGAGUUGGCCAUCGGUUUGAUGGCUUACGAUGCUGAACGACCGUUCGCUUGGUACGUGUGGCCGCCGGGAUAUGCGUGUCGUGUGGUGCCCCACGAGCUGCCGGGGAUUGAUGAGCCGGGCAGAUUCACGAUUAACUCCCGCGGGCUGCGAGGCUCCGAGUUCGGGGCGGAUGACGAGUAUCGCAUUCUGUGUGUCGGGGGCAGUACGACCGAAAGCCUCUAUCAGGACGAUGGCCGGACGUGGAUUCAACAGAUGGCCCGUCAAUUAGAGAGUGAUGGCCACCGGGUGUGGGUCGGCAACGCGGGGCGAAGUGGGCUCAACUCCGUAGACCACGCAACGCUGUUGAGUAAUCUGCCCGAGGCCCGGCAGGUCGAUUGCUGGGUCGUGCUGUGUGGCGUGAACGACAUGGGCCAGCAAUUGGCCGGUGUCUACGAAAAGGAAGUCAAACGCACAUGGCGGCACACCUUUGCGCAUCGUCGCCCGGGGUUUGGGGGGCGGUUCAGGCAUCCCAUCUAUCGAAACACCUUCUGUAUGGCAGCGACCUCGCAGAUGUGUGAUGCGUUGCGAACGGGGUGGUCCUCAACGGGCCAGGUCGUGCAAGACAAGCAGGGUCUUUGGUAUGCCGAAAGCCGCAAGCGACGCAUGGAAGGGGUGAAGAUCAAUGAUCUUCCCGACAUGACGGCGAUGCUCACGGAGUACGAGCAGAGGUUGCGGCAGAUAGUCGCUCUGGCCCGCGAGCAGAAGAAGCGACUGAUCUUUAUGACCCAGCCAUGCAUGUGGUCUGCGGAGAUCACCCCGGAAAAUGAGAAGCUGUGUUGGGCCGGCGUGUGUCCUGACGGGACUUACCGAAGUUCGUCAGCGUUGGCCGAGGCGAUGCAGGCUUACAACCAGCGGAUGAGAAAGGUCUGUCGGGAGGAAACGAUCGAGUUGGUGGACCUCGACGGGCGACUAGCUAAGUCGACGGAUACGUUUUACGACGACUGUCACUUCAAUGAGGCGGGAGCCGUGAAGGUGGCACAGCUAGCAACUGAAGUAAUUCAGAAUGCAAGCAUGGCGAAGGUCUCGAUGGCAUUUGCAGUCGAUGUAAGAACAACUCGUCGCUCCAGCGAAGAACAUCGCUAUAGCGUGCCUGUGGAAACGGUGGGCUGCCUGCAAUGCGGUGGCAGCAACUUCGAACCACUGCUCACGGCUCGUGAUCCGUUGGGGGCGACUGACGACGACUUUCGGCUGGUGCGUUGUCGCCGUUGCGAUCUGGCCAUCACCAAUCCUCGCCCCACGAGCGAGUCGAUCUCGAAGUUCUACCCUCACGAUUACAGUUGCCACGACGUCGGUGCCAACUGGGACAUGCGACUUCGCGCUCGCUUGCGUCGCUCGGCCGAACAAGCGGUGCUGCGUUAUGGAUACAACUACCCUCCGCAACCGGUCCUGCCUAAUACGGUCGCCUCAGCGGUACUCGGGCGGAUGUGGAUUCGUACGCCGUUACGACGAAGCACCUGGAUUCCGUUUGCCGGCGACGGCGCAAGGAUGCUCGACUUUGGCUGCGGGGCAGGUGGCUUCUUGCGACGGAUGCAAGAGUUGGGCUGGAAGGUCGAAGGGUUGGAUAUCUCUGCGGACGUGGCCUCGGAAGUCGCACGACAACUCGGCGUUCCGGUUCAUGUGGGAACGCUUCCGCACAACGAUCUGCAAGAUUCUUCUUACGAUGUGGUGACUAUGUGGCAGGCGUUGGAGCAUGUUCCCGAUCCGCGGGGAGUGAUUCGCGCGGCGGCGAAGUUGCUUCGUUGUGGUGGUUGGCUUUAUGCCUCGGUGCCAAACCUGGAUAGCUGGUCGUUUUCGCGAUUCCGGCAUCACUGGUUCGGACUGGAGUUGCCGCGACACCUCACGCACUUCACGCCGACCACACUACGACAGAUGGUCGAGUCCGAGGGCCUCAAGGUUCAUCGGGUCGAGCAACUCGGCAUGGACGGCUGGAUUCGUCAAUCGGCCCGACGUGCCACUGCGGCCGACUGGGGUACGCUGCGUCUACAAGCUUGUCGCUGGAAACCGUUGGCCAUGCGAAUGGCACGAUGGACCGAACGUGCAGCUCGGGCCGACAACAUUAUGGUCGUUGCGCAGCGAAUUACGAUGCGGCUUCUUGCGAUGGUCGAAUCUCGGGAUCACGUCUGUUACCGCUAUCGUGUGGCCGCAUUCCGGCAAACGCUGGCCGCUAGAGGGUGGACCCUGGAAGCCGUGCCCGUCGCCCAGGGAAAUGCCGAGCGGUUGUUCCAGCUUCGCAACCUACCUGAGUGCGAUGUCCUGCUUGUCCAGCGACGAUUACUGCCUUCGUGGUAUGCCUAUGCGUUACGUCAGCGUGUGCCACGGAUGGUCUUCGACUUCGAUGAUGCGGUGUUCUUUCGCGACAGCAACUCCCGCAAGUCGCCCAAUAGCGCCCGACGCAUGCAUCGGUUCGCCCGACUCGUCCGGAUGUGCGACGCGGUAAUCGCGGGUAACGGCUACCUCGCCGAAAAGACUUCCCGCAUCAUCCCUGCCGAGCGGGUUCACAUGGUGCCGACAUGCAUCGACCCGAGUUUGUAUGAGCCGGCUUCGCAUCAUCGGCGGGAUGCUGCGACCCGCCUGGUGUGGAUAGGCAGUGGGAGCACUCUGGCCUCGUUGGAAGAGGCCAGGCCUCAUCUGGCUCAGGCUUCCGCCGCAGUCGGUGGGCUUUCGUUACAUACAAUAUGCGAUGAAUUCCCUGUGUGGCCGGAACUGAAGAUCAAACGCUGCCGCUGGACGCGUGAGACCGAAGCCGCAGAGAUCGCCGCCGGUGACAUUGGUGUGAGCUGGUUACCAGAUCAUGUCUGGAGCCAUGGCAAGUGUGGACUGAAGGUGCUGCAGUACAUGGCCACGGGGCUUCCUGUGGUGGCCAACCCAAUCGCCAUGCAUCAACAACUCGUACUACACGACCGCACAGGGAUGCUGGCUCACGAUACCGAAGGUUGGGUGGCGGGCAUCAAGCGAUUGGCUGAGAACCCCUCGCUACGGCAGGAAAUGGGGGCACGCGGGCAUGAGAUCGUGCAGCGCGACUACAGCGUCUCGCGGUGGUCAUCAACGCUCGUAGAUAUCUUGGAUCGCGUGGCUGAAGAUACGGCCAGUCCUGCAUUGCGACGUAGCCCUCAACCCACCCCACACAACCUUCCUCCAACCGUGCCCAAGUCCCGUGGUGGGCAAUCUAUGAUCGCAAGAAUUGAUUGGCGUCACAUCGGCUUGCCGGCAGGCAUUUUGGUCGUCUCGCUACUGGCGUUUCUCGGCCUUAAAUCGAUGAAGGCCCCUCCGGAAGAACGUGAGGUCGAGGACCAACGCCCGCUCGUCAUCACGCGGGUUCUCGAAGAGAGCCCCUCUCAGUUCGACAUCAUUGUCGACGGUACUGUUGAACCCAAACGUGAAUUAACGGUGGCCGCGGAAGUUGCAGGUCAGGUGAUCACCAAGUCGGAAGUGUGCGACGCCGGGAAGUACGUCGAAGCCAACACACUGCUAAUGGAGAUCGAGCCCGACAAGUUUGAGCUGGAAGUGAAACGGGCUCGAAACCUGGUGCAACAAGCCGAAGCCGAGGUGAAGCGACUCGAACAAGAACAGAUGAAUAACGUGGCGAUGAUUGAGAUCAAUCGCCGCGACGCCGAGCUUCGUGAAGCAGAACUCGAACGCGUCGAUCGGCUUCAUGAGCAAGGCACUAUCUCCGAAGGCGAACGCGACCGUACCGAAGUCGAAGCCAUUCAAGCAAGAGUAGCGCUUCAGCAAUUGGUGAAUACUCAGGCGUUGCUGCCUUCGAGCAUCGAUAAAGCCCGGGCCGAACUCGAACUGCGGCAGGCUCAACUCGAAACGGCUGAAAUCGAUCUGGCCAACACCAAAGUGAUGGCCCCCAUCUCAGGCUACAUCAGCAGCGACCCCGUCGAAGUGCGACAGUAUGUAACGCCCGGCACAGCACUGGUCACAAUCGAAGACACCUCGUCGGUAGAAGUGCACUGCAACCUUCGGGUCGACGACCUGUACUGGUUGUGGAGCACCGCCGGACGAAUGCCGCAAGUGGAGCAAGAAGCCGGCCGACCGUACUACGAAGCUCCCCCGGCUGACGCCACCGUGAUCUAUCGACUGGGGAAACGAGAAGUCUCCUGGCCAGGCAAACUGACCAGCUAUGCUGGGCGCGGCAUCGACGAAGAACCCCGCACCGUGCCAUGCCUGGUGGAAGUGUCUAACCCCCGCCGCGAGGCAGCAACGAACUGGCCCCCAACCCUGGUCCGGGGGAUGUUCGUGAAUGUGGCAUUCCACGCCGCCCCGGAAACUCCGAUCUUGCGACUGCCAGCCGAGGCCGUUCACCUGAAUAAUGAGGUAUGGACGCUCGAAGGUUGGCGAUCAGUUGAUUGUGUCGCCGUUGGCUACGGCCAUCGAUGGAAUGUCUAUCAGAGAAAAGGACACUCCAUGAAAGCCGUCGUCGCCUGGGCCGUACGGAACAGUCCGUCGAUGAACACGAUGAUGAUCGCCAUCAUCGUGAUCGGGCUUGGUGCCGGUUACCUGCUGCGGCGAGAAGAGUUCCCCGAAUUCAAGAUGGACAUGGUGGCCAUCUCGGUUCCCUACCCGGGCGCGACGCCGGCCCAGGUUGAAGAGGGGAUCUGCAGCAAGAUCGAAGAGUCGAUUCACUCGAUCGACGGUAUCGAGAAGGUACUUUCAGUCUCGAGCGAAGGCGUGGGCGUGGUGACCGCCACGCUGUAUGCCCAUGUCGACGAUCCGCAACGAGUGGUGAAUGACAUUCGUUCGGCGGUGGACCAAAUACCCAGCUUCCCGUUGUUGGCGGAAGAGCCUGAUAUUCGCGAAGUCAUUGGUCGGUUGCCGGCCAUUCACUUGGCGGUGAUGGGGCCCGAUAGCGAAACGCCCUCAGCCCGCUGGCGACUGCGCGAGUUGGCUGAAGAGGUGCGCCGCGAAGUUCUCGAUUUGCCGACCGUCUCGCUGUGCGAAAUCCUGGCCGCGCCAGACUAUCAGAUCGACGUUGAGAUCUCCGAGUCGACGCUCAGAAAGUACAACCUCACACUCAAGGAUGUUGCGGAGGCGAUCCGGCGUGAGAACGUCGAAAUGCCGGCCGGUACCAUUCGCUCGGAAAGUUCCGAGUUUCUCCUCCGGGGGACUAAUCGCCAGCUAGUCGGCACCGAGAUUGCCAAAUUCCCGGUCAUUACGCAGCCCAAUGGCGUGGUGCUCACGGUUGGCGACUUGGGAGAAGUGGUCGAUGGCUUCGCCGAUACGACGAUGAUGUCGUAUGUGGAUGGUCGCCCCUGCAUGUCGCUGCAGAUCGACCGCACCUCGGAAGAAGAUCUGCUCCAGAUAACCCAGGAAAUUCGCGACUUCGCCAAAGACCGAGGCAUGCCAGAGGGCUACGAACUAGUCAUUUGGUACGACGCCUCGGUUGAGGUGCACAGCCGCUUGAAUCUGCUGUACCGCAGCGGACUCUUCGGUUUGAUUCUAGUAUUUCUCACGUUGAGCCUGUUUCUGAAUAUACGACUGGCCUUCUGGGUUGCCCUGGGAAUCCCGGUUUCGGUGAUGGGAACCUGCGCCGUUCUCUACGUCACCGAUCAGACGCUCAACCAACUCAGUAUGUUCGCAUUCGUCAUGGCCCUGGGUAUCGUGGUCGAUGACGCGAUUGUGAUUGGUGAGAAUAUCUUUUCACACCGGCAACGAGGAAAGUCGCGUGUGCAGGCGGCGGUCGAUGGCACGGCCGAAGUGGCUCCUUCGGUGGUCGCUUCGGUGAUGACCACCGUCGUGGCGUUCAUGCCGAUGUUCUUCGUCGCCGGGCUGAUGGGCAAGUUCAUCUCCAUCAUGCCGACGGUGAUUAUCGCGCUGCUUUUAUUCUCGCUGUUCGAGAGCAUCUUUAUUCUGCCCUGCCACUUGGGCCACACCACGUUUAAACCACUUACUCAGACUUACGACCGAUUACGCAAAGCGGUCGAUAGGGGCAUCGAGAAAGUGGUGCAUGGCUACUAUUCACCCACACUUCGGUGGUUGCUGAACUGGCCUUCGGUAGGAUUUGCAUUCUCGGCGGCUGCAUUGAUCAUUACCGCCGGGCUGAUCCAGGGUGGCUUCACACCAUUCGUGUUGGCCCCUCAGGUUGAUGCCGAUCUCGUUCUGUGCAACGUCGCGUUUCCCUCGGGUACGCCGAUCAAGGUGACCAAUGCGGCUGCCAAGAAGAUCGAAGAUGGCAUCCGAGAACUGGAUGCCAAGUAUCGCGCCGAAGGUAAGCCGAUCCUCGAGCACGUGUUCCGCAGCUCCGGUGGGUCGAUGAUUCAAGAUCCCACGCGGCCCGCUUCGGUUGGGACCAACUUUGGUUCUCUAUUUGUGAAGCUCAUUGGUGCCGAGCAGCGUGGCGGCGUGACAAGCCGGCAGAUUCUGGCCGAAUGGCGAGAUCAAGUUGGCCCAAUCGCAGGUGCUGAGCGGAUUCAAUUCGAGAAUAUGCAAGUUGGCCCGGGUGGCAAGCCCAUUGAGUUCAAGCUGCAAGGCAACGACCCUGAAAUGCUGGCCGCAGCCGUGGAAGAAGUGAAAGGCAAGCUGGCCAACUACAACGGGGUUUACGAUGUGGGUGACGGCGAUGAGAUUGGAAAGUGGGAGUUCAACCUUAAAAUCCUGCCCCGCGCUCAAGCCAUGGGCAUCACACUGGACGACCUGGCAUCCACCGUUCGAUCGUCGUACUACGGCGAAGAGGCGAUGCGGCUGCAACGCGGACGCCAUGAGAUCAAACUCAUGGUCCGCUAUCCCGAGGAAGACCGCCGGACGCUGGCCGAUUUCCAAGAGCUUCGCGUGCGAACCCCGUGGGGUAGCGAAGUCCCGCUGACUGAGUUGGCUGAACAGAAUCUGAAACGGCAGUCCUCGGAGAUUGUCCGCAUCAAUCAACAGCGCUCGAUUACCAUCGAGGCGAACCUCAACGAGGAUGUGGCCAACGCUGCCGAAGUGGUAGCCGAUCUGAAAGCAAGCUUUUUGCCCGAUCUGUUCAAGCAAUACCCCGGCCUAAGCGUUCGCUGGGAAGGUCAGCAAGAACAGACCGAAGAGUCGAUGAGCAGCCUGAUGAAUGGCUUCGUGGUUGCCAUCUUUGGCAUCUACAUGCUACUAACCUUGUUGUUCCGCUCUUACGCGCAACCACUGAUCAUUCUGGCCGUCAUCCCGUUCGGGCUGGUGGGUGCAGUGUUCGGUCACAUGAUCAUGAAUAUGCCGUUGACCAUCUUCACACUGUUUGGCGUUGUCGCGCUCUCGGGUGUGGUGGUGAACGACUCGAUUGUGUUGAUCGACUUCAUCAAUAAGCACCGCGACAAGGGUGGAUCGCUGAAGGAAGCCUUGGUGAAUGCAGGCUGUCGCCGGUUCCGCCCGGUGAUGCUGACCUCGAUCACUACGAUCGCGGGGCUCGUGCCGAUUCUCGUCGAGCGCUCGAUGCAGGCACAGUUGCUGAUGCCGAUGGCGACCGCGAUUUCCUUCGGGUUGGCAUUCGCGACGUUAUGGGUUCUGCUCCUGGUGCCAUUGAUGUAUCAGGCCUACGCCCGCUUCUUAGAAGUGAUGGAACCGGCCGAUGAAAAACAAGCCGCCGGUUCGUUCCACUCCCCAGGCGACCAGCCCGACGAAGAAGCGGUAGUCCGUGUCGUAGAAGAUCACGAGAACGGUCGCGACACCGAAGCGGAAGACCCUCGCACUGCCGAGCUCCCCCAGCCCCGGCUGUAA